AUUGGAGGAGAAUGUGGGAGACCCAGAGUGAAUAGCACUACCUGCACAAUUGGAACGACAGAACGUGGGUUCGAAUAUGUGUAACAUUCAGGCGUUAAGCAGGGACACCUAAUAGGGGGUUCUUUCUUCGUGUCAGCGUGUGCGCGUCGCUGUCGCUUCCUGUCCUGGAACUGCUGUCUGCCCUUUCAUGAUUUUCUGCCGUUUCUUGGCAAAAAUGUCAACCAGUGAUGCCGUUCUGAAGAGACUGGAGCAGAAGGGGGCAGAGGCGGAUCAAAUUAUUGAGUAUCUUAAACAGCAAGUUGCUCUUCUAAAGGAGAAAGCAAUUUUGCAGGCAACAUUGAGAGAAGAGAAGAAGCUUCGAGUUGAAAAUGCUAAACUGAAGAAAGAAAUUGAAAAUCUGAAACAGGAGCUGAUUCAGGCUGAAAUUCAGAAUGGAGUGAAGCAAAUACCAUGCCCAUCUUUUACUCCACUGCAAGCCAAUUCUGUGACUGCUGAAAAUGCGAAACACUCUGUACCAGUAACUGCAUCGCCUGGUGCCAAAGAGCAGAUAAAAACAGAAGGAGGAGGAGAAAAGGGGAAAGAAAAAAAUGAAAAGAAAGGAGAAAAGAAGGAGAAAAAACAGCCAUCUGCAGCAGAUGUCUCUAAGCCAGUAGAUGCUUCGCGUCUGGAUCUUCGCAUUGGCCGCAUCAUCAAUGCCGAAAAACACCCUGAUGCAGAUUCUUUGUAUGUAGAAGAAAUAGAUGUGGGGGAAGCAGCUCCAAGAACCGUUGUCAGCGGCCUGGUCAAUCAUGUUCCUCUUGAACAGAUGCAAAAUCGAAUGGUCGUUUUGCUUUGCAACCUGAAGCCUGCAAAGAUGAGGGGGGUCCUGUCCCAGGCAAUGGUGAUGUGUGCUAGUUCACCGGACAAGGUUGAAAUUCUGGCUCCUCCUGAUGGGUCUGUUCCUGGAGACAGAGUCACUUUUGAUGCUUUCCCUGGAGAGCCUGACAAGGAGCUGAAUCCGAAGAAGAAGAUUUGGGAGCAGAUCCAGCCCGACCUGUACACCCGUGACGACUGUGUGGCCACGUACAAAGGCGCCCCCUUCGAGGUGAAGGGGAAGGGAGUGUGCAGGGCUCAGACCAUGGCCAACAGUGGGAUCAAGUAAGCUCAGUGCUGGCACCCCUGCGGCACGCUGGAGGAAACACUGGUAAUAAAGGAGCGUGUUGGUCACAUCUGCCUCA